AAUUAAGAUUCAAUCCUCAAUUAUCUCAGAACUGAGAAAAACCAUUGUCCUGGCCAAAUCUUAAAUCUGACUUGGUGGAUGAAGAUGUGGUCCUUGGUUUUUGUUUAAGUGAAUAUUGAAAUCGUUGGAGCUGCCUUUUUAACAAGCAGAGAGCCCUGGUCCGGCGUCCCACGUUCGUGGUCUUCCGCCAUGGACGACGCCACCUUCAAUGAAGCGCAUCAGCAGCAUCGCCUCCUCCCAUACCAGCCGAUCCAAGCCUACGAUCCCUCCCAGCCGAUCUUCCACGCAGCGCACAGCGCCUACCACCACCAACAGCAUCACCCCUAUGACCUCCACCCCUCCGAUUAUCCCUACCGCCCCUACCACUCCAUCGCUCCGCCGCCUCCAGCUGCGGUCUCCGCCACCCUCCCCGGGGCCUCUCAGAUCCACGCCCCCACGGCCCUGCACGGGGAUCUCCGCCUGGCAGCGCCGCCGACGCAUCACGGGGCCCCAGAGCCAUCCUCCUUCGGUUUCUCCGCGCCUCUUGGGACGAAUCCCCUGGCGUCUCAAGUGCCGGCGGCGUGGACAUUUGGCACGCUCGAUCGGGCUGCGUUGGCGAUCCCACACCCGCAGGUAAAACUAAUGAAAUUAGAGCGAGACAAAGGAGAGAGAUCAAAAGACCUUGAGGCAAGGGAUCUUCUUGUUAGAAGCAUCAAGAAGACAAAAAGGAAAAGGGUAGGCUUAAAGGGCAUCACUAACAAUGUUGAUGCUUGAAUCUGCAACCCACCCAAAGGGAGAUCAUUCAUAGAGGCAAUGAUAGGGGCGAGCUACAGUCUAGACCUUGAAUGAGGCAAAGGAUUUAUGGGAGUGUGAUCCAAAUCAACCAAGAAUCACUUUCUCCAAUGAGGAAGUCAUAGGCUAUGGCCACGGUAGAGGGAUUUAUUAUUUACUAAUAAAUGUAUUAGGAAAUAGAGUGAGGUUACUAGUGCCGUGGAUAUUGAAAGGAGGUGUGGAACUUGAUAGACAUUAGGCUUGAUUAUUUCAUAGGAAAACUUCAUUAUUGAGAUGAUAAAAGCUGUGGGAAAACAUAAUUUUGUAACCAUGUACAUGCUAAAAGUAUUUCAUAAAUUAUGGGAUAUGAUAACAUAGCUCGUUUUCAUAAGAAUAUUCUUUUGUAGAUAAGUCUGUCUAGAAAACUCUAAUACAGUUUUUAAGAUUUUUAUUAGAAAAGUCUGUUAUUUUAUGAGCAUUAUUUUAUGAAGAAUAAGUCAUAUUAUCAAUCUAUAAAAAGGGUUAGGGUAAAUCCUAAAACCCUACCCUAAAUUUUUAAUUAAUAUAAUUUUUAAUUUUCAACAUAAUAUCAAUGUCGAAACUUGGUGAUUUGGUCUUAGUAUUAGUUAUCCUUUAAUUCACUAUUAUCCUCAAGCUUCAACAUCGCUCUCAUUCAUGAACCAUUUGCAUUUUGAUCUUGGUUUGGUUCUUCUCUCCUUAUUCUCUCCUUACAAAUAUGAAGUUAAUUUUUUCCUUGUUUCAUUUUGUAUUCUAUUGUUCCUAAUUUAUCUUCUCUUUAUCUUCAUAUUCAUGUGACCUUAAGAUUGUGUAAACAGUCUAUUGCAAAAUGUAAGGUAAGAUUACGUACAAUUGACCGAAUAUGGUCCAACCCUUCCCCGAGACCUCGUAUUGGCGGGAGCUUCAUAAACCGACUGCCUUUUUAUCUUCAUAUUCUCUUAAUCUUAUUUUCCUUUACCUUAGUUCUUCUACACCGAUUUUCUUAUAUCUUUUGUUAUCAUUCCCUUAUCUUAUUUUUUCACUUUCUAUUUCUGUCAUCACCUCUUAACCCUAAUAUAUGUGUAUAUAUACAUCUAGAAAACCAAAAAAGGGUUAAAAAAAAAUCUUCAAAAUUUCAUCUUUAUCCUCAAUUAGAGAAAUAAUGGAAGGGGAGCCUUGGCGCAACGGUAAAGUUGUUGCCAUAUGACCAAAAGGUCAUGGGUUCGAAUCCUGGAAACAA